AUGAGGUCAUUCGUUUCUCUUCUUGCUUUCCCCGCUUCAUCGCUGGCUGGAACCGUGCUAUGGAGCGGCAUCUUCAAUUCUUCUACCACCGUUGAGGACUUUGACAAAUGGUCCUGGUCCAACCAAAUUGAACCGUGGCAAUGGUACAUCCACGGCAGUGGCAAGACGACCGAGUAUCUGGGUCUGUCCCCCGACUUCAAGAACCCGGCCGACACUAGCGACGCCCAGGGUGUCCGAAUCACCAUUGAUGGAACCUCCUUCUGGAAUAAACAGAAUAUGGAGCGGUCUGAACUUAUCCCCCAGACCGCCGCCAAUCUUGGCUCGGGCCAUCUAUACUAUCACUUCUCCCUGUCCACGAAGACAACAAAUGCCCCCGACGCCUCCUUCGAACACCAGAUCGCGUUCUUCGAGAGCCACUUCACUGAGCUCAAGUAUGGCACAUCCGGCACAUCCGACAACACCCUGCGCUGGAAUGCCGGUGGCACAACACACUGGUCGGUCCAGCUGGAGCCAGGCAAUUGGUACAACUUCGCCUACGAUAUCGACUUUACCUCGCAAAAGGUCGGUCUCUGGGCUUCUAAUGGGUCCGAUCCCUUGACCGAGGUUGUCUCGCCCGUCAGCGCAUCUACCUCUACCAACUCGGCGGACUGGCACGUCGGCCAGCUGCGCCUGCCCAACGGGGGCCCCUCCAACGACGCAGCGGAAGACUGGUUCUGGUCUGGCAUUUAUGUUGAGCAGGCACCUAUCACAACGAAGAUUGGUUCUGCCGGUUCUUCUGAUUCUUCCAGCUCGUCCUCUUCCCGAGUUCGGAGUGCUUCCAACCCCUCGGCUUCCACUCCCUCCACCCGCCAAGCAACCCCUCGGCCAUCUUCUACCGGUUCUUCUGAUUCUUCCASCUCGUCCUCUUCCCGWGUUCGGAGUGCUUCCAACCCCUCGGCUUCCACUCCCUCCACCCGCCAAGCAACCCCUCGGCCAUCUUCUACCUGGGCUACAGAGCCAGCUGCAACCACAACCCCUCCGGCUGUGACAUCGACUGCAGUUCCUACGCCAACCACUCGGGCUGUAACAUCGUCUGCAACUCCUGCCCACCACACUAAUGUGGCGACACACACUGUACCUUCUUCGGCAAAGCUCCCCACCCCCACCACUUCCGCGCAGCGUCUCGCUGAGCUUCGGGCUGCGUUGUGCGCUCUCCUUUCUCGUUCCGACAGCGUGCACGCCCGCGACUUUGCCCUCUGUGAGUAA